GCUUUCAGGUCCUUUCACAUACCAUGUUUCGAAAAAUUGGUGUUGAUGGUUUUAACAGCCGCCAUCUUGAAUGAAUUUUGUUGCAUCAACCAACAUGGCCGCCGUGUCAUUCUCUUGGGGAUGAUUGAAAACCUGCAAUACAGUAUAUUGUUCAAGGUGUCCUUUACAAGAUAGGUGACAUUUUCAAAUAGUUUUCUCUUCAAACGAGGCUAAAUGAGUCCAAGCUAGUCAAGGUCAUUAAGCGGUAUUUUCAACUUGACUUGCCUUCAAGCGAGAAACAGCUUUCCUUAUUAAGUAGCCUGUUUCGAAAACAAUUACGUUCUAUGUAAUUAUUUUUACCAUGAAAAAGACUGAAUCCUAUUGUCUUUAUUAUAACCAUUGUUAAUCGCUCCAAUUCUGGAAUGCUGUUAAUGAAUAACACUCUAUAGGCUAUAAACAAAACAAUCAGCUGAAAUUAAAGUUUAACCGCUUAUUUGACUUGAGAUUCCUGGCUGUGCUUGUGCUUCAGCACACUCUGGCAUCCUUUCAAACGAAGACUGAACUGACCAAGUUUAAGUAUAUUAGUAUUUUGUGCUGUUAUUCAUGGCUAGGAUAUCAAACGACGUCCUUAAAGAUGUGGUUCUCAUCAUCUGGAUGGCCAUAAAUAUCUACCUGUUUGUAGAUACGUAUUACAAGCUGUCCACUACGAAAGAGAAUGUCUACCUCAACAAACUUGUUAAGUUUGGCCUGGCAUUGGCACGUGCACCUGCUGCUGUACUAAACUUCAACUGUAUGUUGAUUCUACUAACCAUGUGUAGGAAUCUACUGUCCUUCAUCCGAGGCACGUGUAAGUGCAGCAGGAGCUUCCUUCGUUUGCUGGAUAAGAACGUUACUUUUCACAAGUACAUCGCAUAUAUGAUCUGUCUACAAACAGUCAUUCACUGUGUGGCACACAUCUUCAAUGUCGAGUUUCUCAUAUUAGCGUGGAACAAAGGCGGAAUAUACAGCAAGCUUUCUCAGCUAGAGGACAUUGGAAACGAGACUUACAUCAACCCAAUUAGAGAUCCAAACGCUGACCCCAUAGCAGUUUUAUUUACACUUGCUUCUGGUGUGACUGGUGCUGUCAUAACUUUGGCUCUGAUACUCAUGAUCUCAUCUUCCACUGAACUAAUAAGGCGUUCAUACUUCGAAGUUUUCUGGUACAAUCACCAUUGUUUUGUAUUAUUCUACAUUGGGCUCGUUCUUCAUGGUGUACAAGGUGUGAUAAGAUACCAGUCUAAUGUAGACAAACACGAUCCAGACAUCUGUGGCAAGAAUCUUACCUUAUGGUACCGUCAGGAACCCUGCCUUGAGCCUCCUAAGUUUGUAACCUUUGGAAUGAACACUUGGCGUUGGGUAAUUGGACCAAUGUUCCUAUACCUGAUCGAGAGGUCCAUACGUUUUUAUCGCUCAAAACAGCCUAUUCGUGUCAUGGAGGUCGUUAAACACCCUUCCAAUGUAAUUGAGAUUAAAAUGCAAAAGAAAGGGUUCACCCAAGAAGCAGGACAGUACAUAUUUCUUCAGUGUCCAGCAAUAUCUAGACUGGAAUGGCAUCCAUUUACUUUGACAUCGGCCCCGGAGGAAGAUAGUUUUUCCGUUCAUAUUCGCCUGGUGGGAGACUGGACUAAUGCACUUGCCAAGUUAUGUGGCUACGAAGGUAAAGAGUUGAGGCACGUCAGAGAAAUGCCGAGGCUUGCCCUAGAUGGUCCAUUUGGGACAGCCAGCACAGAUGUAUUCAAAUAUUCAGUGUGCAUGUUGAUCGGUGCUGGGAUCGGAGUAACACCAUUUGCUUCUGUUCUUAAGUCUAUAUGGUAUCGUCAUAACAAGGAAGACCCGGAUCUUUUUGUCAAGAAAGUGUAUUUCUUCUGGAUUUGUCCCGAUACUAACGCCUUUGAAUGGUUUACUGAUCUGCUCAAAAGUCUAGAAGACCAGAUGAACGAAUGCAACAAUGCAGAUUUUCUGGAGUACAAUAUCUUCCUGACCAGAGGAUGGGGACCCAACAUGGCACGUGAUCUUUAUCUUCGUGAAGACGAGGCUGUGGACCCAAUUACUCAUCUCAAACAAAAGACACGGUAUGGUCGACCAGAAUGGAACAAGAUAUUUGAAGGCGUUGCCAACAAACACCCAAAAACAAAUGUGGGUGUAUUUUUCUGUGGUCCUGCUGGCUUGUCCCAUACCCUACACAAGAUGGCCAACUCACACAGCGACAUCACCUCUGGAGUAAAAUUCCUGUACAACAAGGAGAACUUUUGAGCAUGCGCAGUAGUAAAUGUCUCGGUGUUGGGAAGCAAUCAAAGUGUUGGGAAAGCCUUUAAAGUGAUGGGAAGCCAUUAGCUGUAACAUAUCUCGAGGAAGCCAUAGAAGUCAUAGGAAAGGCAUCAAUGUAUUGGAAAGCAAUCAAAGUGCGAAGAAAUUAUCAAGGUGUUGAAACCAUCGUGCUUGAAGGCAUCAAAGAGUUCGAAAUUAAAGCCAUUAAUGUGCUGUCAAAUUGGCAAGCCCUCGAAGUGCUGGGAAGCCAUUAUCACAUUUUUGGGGAACCAUCAAAGUGCAGGGAAGCCAUUAAAGUCAUAGGGAACCAUUUAUGUGUCAGGGUAGCUGUAAAGAUGUUUAAAAAGCUAAAACAAUAGCAGGUUAUUACUUGAAAUAUUAAAAAAAAAAAAAAAAUUAGUAAAUUAGUAAUCUUUGCGAACUAUAAGUGGAAUGAGAACCAUGAAAUCGUCGUUGGAGGCAUUUCACUAUUUACUUUCCAGAACGCAUUACGCGCCUCUCCUUCCGUUUCCUUGACAACCUAUUGGAUUAUCAAUAAAUCAGAUGAUGAUAAAGAAGAAAAAUGGAUUUCUAGUAAAUGACAUAGUUAGUCAUUAUACUUUGCCGCGCGGCCCUUACAUCUGACACCAUAUCUUUUACUUAACUAACAAACACUACGAACUUAAUGUUAUAAGUCGGUCUUUCCUCUUCAAUGGUUCGUGAAUAAAACGGACGAUCUUUUUGCAUUAAGAGGGAUUACGACUCUAUCUAUGUAACGAUGCAAACGUUUGAAAAUGACAGAAUGCUACUUUGGGUGCAUCAAUGGGGAAUAUUUUUUAUGCAUUUUCAAUUCAUCCUAUUCCGUAUGGUGUUUGUACUGAUCUUAAGGCUUUCAGUAUAUGUAAAUAAUGUUCGAUUAAACACAAACGUUUUAUAUAAA